UAAAAUUUACACUAAAAACAAAAAGAAAGAGGAAAACGUAGCGAAGCCCAUUGCACGGAAACCUCUACUGGUUAGCGUCGUUCAUCUGACGAUAGGGUCCGGUGGUCGCUUUACACAACAGGAUAUGAUGAGUGUCCUUGGAAGUCACCCUUGCACCUGGUCACCAGGAGUUCGAGAGCAUCCUUUCAAGGGGAGAUUUAGUAAGGUUCCGUGUUUUGGAUAUUAUAAUCAGGAUUUUUGUUUCAAGGAAUCAAAUUUUCCUCAAUGUCAGUACCUUGCAACUAGUUGUAAGCGAAGUACAAGGAAAUAUCAGCCUAUUUUCUCAAGUACAAUGGAUGAUGGGGCCGACUCAGCUGACUCAUCUGAGGGGAUUGGUAAGGAUGGGUCCUCCGAAGAUGAAACUGAAGAUGUGAACAGUGAAAUGCUUAGAGAAAAUCUUGAAAGAAUUGUUGGUGCAGAUGACUCUGCCUUUAGUGGGAUAGACCUGGCAACUCUUAUUAGGGACAAGUAUGGGAGAUCCUAUGACGUUCAACUAAUAAAGAAGGAAUUCAUGGGAAGAAAUCUCCUCGCUUUGAAUGUCAUGUGGAAGUACAUGGAGCAGAGAUCCUUUCCACUGACUGAAGAAGAGUAUUUACUGAGGCUUGAUGAUGUGGCAAACACUUUGAAAUGUUGGGGAGCUGUCUCACAUAUUCGGAAUAGCUUAGCAAAAUUGAAAGAGCGACCUCGGAUAGGCAAGGCUGUAAGCAUUUUUAUCGACAUGGAUGAGUCUGGAGGCCGUGCAAAUGAAUGGAUUUACAAAUAGAUUGUUUGUUUGGACAAAGCCAGAACCAUAUUUAAAGAGGAGGCACAUCCUUUCUCCGCUGGUUCACUGUUCAAGGUGUGGAUUCUAUUUUGAUACACUCUGGAUAAAAUCCUGAUGAAAUCUUGUUGUUUUGCAUUUCCCUAAUUUUUCUUGUUAAUUAUACAUGUAUAUAUGAAUAAUGUAAUAGAUAUACAUAUGCUUAUCCUUCAUUAGAAAUCUACAAAACUGAUUCUAGUGAUAUAACAAAUUUAAAACCUUAUUAGACAUUAACAUUUUUUU